AUUCUAACAUGGGAGGGCGUGGUGGUGGUGGUGGUGGUGAUGGUGGUGGUGGUGGUGGUGGUGGUGGUGGUGGUGGUGGUGGUGGUGGUGGUGGUGGUGGUGGUGGUGGUGGUGGUGGUGGUGGUGGUGGUGGUGGUGGUGGUGGUGGUGGUGGUGGUGGUGGUGGUGGUGGUGGUGGUGGUGGUGGUGGUGGUGGUGGCGGCGGAGACAGUGGUUCUGACGAGGGGGCUGGGGCUGGUGUCUAGGAGCAGCAGCAAGUGCAGAA